AUGGGCCGUUGGACCCAGUACGACGAAGACGACUACCGCUUGCCUGAGGGCAUGAAACGGGUAGGCUACGACGCUGACUCUGGGAAAUACUACUUUCGUGACCAGGAUGGCACGCUCUGGGAGGGCGCAGAAGGCGCAGAGUAUGGGGAAAUGAAGAGGGUCUCAAACGCACCAAUCGCAAUAGCGGCUCCCAGCGGAAGUGAGGACGACGAAAACGACCUCGAAGCUGCGCCGGGACGCGGAGACGGGUACCUACCGCUGUCCACGAGUCCAGAUCAAGCCGCAUCAGCUGGGCAAGGCCUCAAUACAAGUGCCUAUCGGAUGCUAUUCCCCUUUAUUCUUCUUGUGGCAGUUGUGCUGCUCUUGGUUAUCCGCCUAGUUCAUUCGCCAUCGGCUCCUGAACCUGAUCCCCCAGAGGUGAAGCUCUGCCCCGGCAGCAGCGAUGCGUUCCGCGUUCGGGCGGGCGACACAUGUUGGGGACUGUCGCAGGCGAGGGGCGUCUCCGUCGACAAACUGUUGGAGGAAAAUCCCGGACUGGACUGUGACAAGCUGAUGCCAGGGCAGACGAUAUGCUUGCCUGACAAUGUACCGUCUUCUGCGAGCUAG